AUGGAAGUCCUUGUCCGCAACAACAACAUCGCUCUGGCCAGGUGUUUCGCCGAUGCGCGGCUCGACGACGCGCGCGCCACCUUUUCGGCAAUGCAAGAAUGCGACGUCGUGUCCUACAACACGCUGCUGUCCGGCUAUGCCCGAAACGGGCAUCUGCGGGAAGCGCAAGAAGUCUUCGCCCAGAUGCCCGAGCACGACCGCGUCUCGUGGAAUGCGAUCAUCGCCGCGCACGCCCGCGCCGGCGACGCCGCUGGUGCGCAGCGCCUCUUCGAUCACUCGCCCGAGAGGAGCAUUGUCUCGUGGUCCGCGCUCCUCCACGCAAAUGGCCAAACCGGGGAUCUGGCAAGCGCCACCGCGCUCUUCGAUCGCAUGCCCGAAAGGAACGUCGUGGUGUGGAACACGAUGCUCGACUGCCAUGCCCGGCGCGGGGAUCUGCGAGAGCUGGCUGAUCUCUUCGACGCGAUGCCGGCGCGCGACGUGGUGUCGUGGAACACUGCGGUGGUGGCAUUUGCGCGACACGGGCGGAUCGAUCGGGCGCGGGAGAUCUUCGCCGCGGCGCCCGCGCGAUCGGCCGCGUCCUGGGCCGCGAUGAUCCAGGCGCUCGGUGGCGAGCGAGAACAAGCUGAGGAGCUCUUCGCCCAGAUCCCGGAGGUGAGCAUCGCGUGUUGCAACGCCAUGGCGGCAGCGCGGGCUCGCGGUGGCGAUUCGGAGGGAGUGAUAGCUCUGCUCGAUUCUAUACCCGAUCACGACGCUGCGUCGUGGACGCUUCUACUACACGAUUACGCGCGCACUGGCAAGCUCGAAGAGAUCUCGUGUCGUGGAACAUACUUCUAG